AUCGAUUAGUAAUGCCUAGGACGCGAGUUCACGAGUGACUCGAUAAUCAUCUACAUUGGCUUGGAAACAUGGCGAACUUCACGGAGGCGAAAACGCCGCAGCAGUUUAAUGAUGUGUUAAAAAAGGCUGGCAGGUCUCUCACAGUUGUUCAUUUCCAUGCACCAUGGGCUCCCCAGUGCUCUCAGAUGAACGAUGUGAUGGAGGAGUUAGCCAAGGAGCACAAACAGACCAUGUUCAUCAAGCUGGAGGCCGAAGCAGUGCCCGACGUGUCCGAGAAGUACGAGAUCACCUCAGUCCCUACUUUCCUCUUUUUCAAGGGUGGCGAGAAGAUUGACAGGCUGGACGGUGCACAUGCCCCUGAGCUGACCAGUAAGGUGCUGCGGCUGGCGUCCAGUGGGGGCGGGCCUGCAGGGCCAGGGGAAGCCCCUAAGGAGGAGCUUAACGAGAGACUCAAGAAACUAAUCAACGCUGCACCCUGUAUGCUCUUCAUGAAGGGAACUCCCCAGGAACCUCGCUGUGGCUUCAGCAGACAGAUUGUGCAGAUAUUAAAGGACCACAGCAUCCAGUACAGCAGCUUUGAUAUCUUGUCUGAUGAGGAGGUCCGGCAGGGGCUGAAGACGUACUCCAACUGGCCCACUUAUCCUCAGGUGUAUGUUAGCGGAGAGCUGAUCGGAGGGCUCGACAUCAUCAAGGAAAGUGCUGAAUCAGGCGAGCUUGAAAAUACCUUUCCUAAAACUGUCUCACUGGAACAGAGGUUGAAGUCUCUCAUCAACAAAAGUCCCAUCAUGCUCUUUAUGAAAGGAAACAAAGAGGGAGCCAAAUGUGGAUUCAGCCGUCAGAUACUUGAAAUAAUGACCAGUGUCGGGGUUGAAUAUGACACCUUUGAUAUUCUCCAAGAUGAAGAGGUUAGACAGGGUCUAAAGACGUAUUCUAACUGGCCCACGUACCCACAGCUCUACGUAAAAGGAGAACUCAUUGGAGGCCUGGAUAUCAUCAAGGAGCUGAAAGAGAACGGUGAGCUGGAGUCGGUGCUGCGAGGGGAGAAUUAGAAGAAGAUGGGAGCAAGUUACACUGAAGUCUUCACUACUGUCUAUAGAGACUGUUCUAAAGGUCACAGGAGGCAGAACAGCAAUAUUCCAACCAAAUUAUGUCUUUUAGGAGAUCAUUGAUCCACCAUGGCUAUAUUAAUGUCCAAAGCCUGUUGGCAAAAUAUCUCACAAAUUCCAGUAAAGCUGUCAUCUCAAUUAAA